AUGAUUAGAAUCCACAUCGAUAAAACAUCAAACACGCCUGCCGAUAUGAAGCGACGUGAACAGUUCAUCAGGAUGGUCAUGCGAGACAUACCCAAUGUGGUCACAUACAACUUUGUCAGCGAUGAUUGGAGUGUCCACGUUCGACGACCUUCGAGUGAUCCAUGGAAUGCGAUCGUAGUCGAGCGCACAUUGCCAUUUGACAAACAAACGAUACAAUUCAUCAAGCUUGAUCAGUCUGGUCCGUUGGCGGCACGUUUGGUGGACGAUAAAAAACGAUUGAUCGAUGAGGCGGAACAUCACAAGCUUCAAGUGGCAGAGUUAAACAAACAGAUUGUUCAUUGGAGAUCAGAGUGUGAGCGACUCACGACUCGUGUGGCAGAGUUGGAGAAUAUUGUAGUUCCAGCGGUACCCUCUGAUUCAAUGGAUCAAACAAUGAACGAUGUAGUCACAAGGACAGCAUCAUCAACAACAACAUCAUCCACUCAAGGAAUCAUUCCAGAGCCCAAGGUGUACACAUCACUAUCAAACAACAAACGAAGCAGAAAGAAGUAUGAGUGA